GAGCAGUCAGGCAAAAUGCAGGGAACGCUCGAGGAUCAAAUCAUCAGCGCCAACCCACUGCUGGAGGCCUUUGGAAAUGCCAAGACCGUGAGGAAUGACAACUCCUCACGCUUUGGCAAAUUCAUCAGAAUCCACUUUGGAGCUACAGGCAAACUGGCUUCUGCUGACAUUGAAACCUACCUGCUGGAGAAGUCCAGAGUCACUUUCCAGCUUAAGGCAGAAAGAAGCUACCACAUAUUUUAUCAGGUCACCUCCAACAAGAAGCCAGAGCUAAUUGAAAUGCUCCUCAUUACCACCAAUCCGUAUGAUUUCCCUUUUGUGAGUCAAGGUGAAAUCACUGUUCCCAGCAUUGAUGACAAGGAAGAGCUGAUGGCUACAGAUAGUGCCAUUGACAUCCUGGGCUUCAGUGCUGAUGAGAAGACAGCCAUCUACAAGCUGACAGGGGCUGUCAUGCACUACGGGAACCUGAAGUUCAAGCAGAAACCAAGAGAGGAGCAGGCAGAGCCGGAUGGAACAGAAGUUGCUGACAAGGCUGCCUAUCUUAUGGGUCUGAAUUCAGCUGACAUGCUCAAGGCCCUCUGCUACCCCCGAGUCAAAGUUGGGAAUGAAUAUGUGACCAAAGGGCAAACUGCACAGCAGGUGCACAAUUCAGUGGGUGCUCUGGCAAAGGCUGUCUAUGAAAGGAUGUUCCUGUGGAUGGUUGUUCGCAUCAAUCAACAGCUGGAUACCAAGCAGCCCAGACAGUACUUCAUUGGUGUCCUGGACAUUGCUGGCUUUGAGAUCUUUGAUUUCAACAGCUUUGAGCAGCUGUGCAUCAACUUCACCAAUGAGAAACUGCAACAGUUCUUCAACCACCACAUGUUCGUGCUGGAGCAAGAGGAGUACAAGAAGGAAGGAAUUGAAUGGACAUUCAUUGACUUUGGGAUGGACUUGGCUGCCUGCAUUGAGCUCAUUGAGAAGCCCAUGGGCAUCUUCUCCAUCCUGGAAGAGGAGUGCAUGUUCCCCAAGGCAACUGACACCUCUUUCAAGAACAAGCUCUAUGACCAGCAUCUGGGCAAGUCUAGUAACUUCCAGAAGCCCAAACCUGCCAAAGGCAAGGUUGAGGCCCACUUCUCCCUGAUACACUAUGCUGGUACAGUGGACUACAACAUCACUGGCUGGCUGGAGAAGAACAAAGACCCCCUGAAUGAAACUGUCAUUGGAUUGUACCAGAAAUCAUCACUGAAAACACUGGCCUUACUCUUUGCCAACUAUGGUGGAGCAGAUACAGAGGCUAGUGCUGGCAAGAAAGGUGGCAAGAAGAAGGGUUCUUCCUUCCAGACUGUCUCAGCUCUGUUUCGGGAGAAUUUAAAUAAGCUGAUGACCAAUCUGCGAAGCACCCACCCCCAUUUUGUACGUUGUAUCAUCCCAAAUGAAACAAAAACACCUGGUGCCAUGGAACAUGAACUGGUGCUUCACCAGCUGCGGUGUAACGGCGUGCUAGAAGGCAUCAGAAUUUGCAGGAAAGGAUUUCCCAACAGAGUCCUGUAUGCAGAUUUUAAACAGAGAUACAAAGUAUUAAAUGCAAGUGCUAUUCCAGAGGGACAGUUCAUUGACAGUAAGAAGGCUUGUGAGAAACUUCUUGGAUCCAUUGACAUAGACCACACUCAAUAUAAAUUUGGUCACACCAAGGUGUUCUUCAAAGCUGGGCUGGUAGGCCUCUUGGAAGAGAUGAGGGACGAGAAGCUGGCACAGCUCAUCACCCGCACACAGGCCAGGUGCAGGGGCUUCCUGAUGAGAGUGGAGUACCAGAAAAUGGUGGAGAGGAGAGAGUCCAUUUUCUGCAUCCAGUACAACAUUCGUGCAUUCAUGAAUGUGAAGCACUGGCCCUGGAUGAAGCUGUUCUUCAAGAUCAAGCCCUUGCUGAAGAGUGCAGAGUCUGAGAAGGAGAUGGCCAACAUGAAACAAGAGUUUGAGAAAACUAAGGAAGAGCUUGCCAAGUCUGAAGCAAAGAGGAAGGAGCUGGAGGAGAAAAUGGUGAAACUAGUGCAGGAGAAAAAUGAUCUGCAGCUCCAAGUGCAGGCGGAAGCAGAUGCUUUGGCUGAUGCUGAGGAAAGG